CGAAAAACGAUGGAUGACGAUGCUGAAACGUACAAGCUGUGGCGCAUUCGUAAAACGGUAAUGCAGCUAAGCCACGAUCGAGGCUACUUGGUGACUCAGGAUGAACUGGACCAAACGCUAGAGCAAUUCAAGGAACAAUUUGGAGACAAACCCAGCGAAAAACGACCUGCACGGUCCGAUCUUAUUGUACUGGUAGCGCAUAACGAUGAUCCAACCGAUCAAAUGUUUGUGUUUUUCCCGGACGAACCCAAGAUUGGCAUUAAGACGAUCAAAACGUAUUGUACCCGCAUGCAGGAGGAAAACAUUCACCGUGCUAUUGUCGUUGUGCAAGCUGGUAUGACUCCGUCGGCAAAGCAAUCGCUCGUUGAUAUGGCACCGAAAUACAUUCUCGAGCAGUUCCUCGAGUCCGAGCUGCUGAUCAACAUAACCGAGCACGAGCUAGUCCCGGAACACGUUGUAAUGACACCAGAAGAGAAACAAGAGCUACUUGCACGUUAUAAACUGAAGGAAAACAUGCUGAUGAGGAUACAGGCGGGCGAUCCGGUUGCACGAUAUUUCGGACUAAAGCGUGGCCAGGUUGUAAAAAUUAUUCGUCCGUCGGAAACGGCCGGUCGCUACAUCUCCUAUCGCUUGGUGUGUUGA